UCCGGUAAAACAAUGUUCUCCAAAAUCUUGGCUCUCAGCGCUGUGCUGGCCGUAACCGCGGCGGGACUCUUGCCCCAGGCUCACUACUCCUCAGCCGCCGCUGUCUCCUCACAGAGCAUCGUGCGUCACGACCAGCCCCAAGCCAUCCACGCCGCUCCCGUCGCCAUCCAUGCCGCUCCCCUCGCCUACCAAGCUGCUCCCAUCGCUACCUACGCUGCCCCCGCCCGUAUCUCCGCCGGACAUGCUGUCUCCUCUCAGACCAUCCUGCGUCACGAGCAGCCACGUGCCGCCUACGGCAUCGCUCCCCUAGCGUAUGCCGCGCCCGCUCACUACUCGGCACCACUCAUCAGCCACGCCGCCCCCGCUGCCAGAAUCAUCGCCGCGCACCAAGACGAAUACGCUCACCCCAGAUACGACUUCUCCUACUCCGUGGCUGACGGACACACCGGCGACAACAAGUCUCAGCAGGAGAGCCGCGACGGCGACGCCGUACACGGCCAGUACUCUCUGCUGGAGGCUGACGGCUCCGUGCGCACCGUGCAAUACACCGCCGAUGACCACAGCGGUUUCAACGCGGUCGUCUCCAACUCCGCUCCCGCGCACCACGCCGCCCCCGCACACAGCAUCGUGCGCCACGACCAGCCUCACGCCAUCCACGCCGCUCCCGUCGCCAUCCACGCCGCUCCCCUCGCCUACCAAGCCGCUCCCAUCGCUACCUAUGCAGCCCCCGCCCGUAUCUCUGCCGGACAUGCUGUCUCCUCUCAGACCAUCCUGCGUCACGAUCAGCCGCGUGCCUCUUACGGCAUCGCUCCCCUAGCGUACGCCGCCGCGCCCGCUCACUACUCGGCACCACUCAUCAGCCACGCUGCCCCCGCUGCUAGGAUCAUCGCCGCGCACCAAGACGAAUACGCGCACCCCAGAUACGACUUCUCCUACUCCGUGGCUGACGGACACACCGGCGACAAUAAGUCUCAGCAGGAGAGCCGCGACGGCGACGCCGUGCACGGCCAGUACUCUCUGCUGGAGGCUGACGGCUCCGUGCGCACCGUGCAGUACACCGCCGACGACCACAGCGGCUUCAACGCGGUCGUGACCAACUCCGCUCCCGCGCACCACGCCGCCCCUGCACACGCAAUCCUCGCCCAUCAUUAAACAUUGUCAAAAACCGAAUCUAGUGAUAGUAAAUUAUUUAAAAAUGUGUAAUAUUUUAGUCUUCAAUAAAUGAUA